UCCUGUUCAAGAACACGGAAACGGAGAUGGUAGGAGGUUUUGGGCUCAAAGAUCCAUGAAAGUGUAGAAAAUCGAGGGAAACUUCGUAAACGUGACGCGCGGGACGCGAACUUUCAGUCGAGUGAGCGCGCGCCGUGUGCGUUUUUUUUUUUUUUGCGCUGUACUUAGUUGACCCGCUGAAAACGAAACUAAACUGAAGAGGCGCAUGAACCCCGACGAUAUGGACGAUUCGGAGGACUCUUCCCCCUUCCAGCAGGAGCUGACCUGCCCGGUGUGCCAGGGCAUCUUCCGGGACCCGGUGCUGCUCGCGUGCUCCCACUCCUUCUGCCGGGAAUGUCUCGACAAGAGCUUCGACGUCAACAACAAGUGUCCGGUCUGCAGGGAGGUUUAUCACAAAGAUCAGGCCAUCACCAACCGGGCCCUGAGCAGCACAUGCGAGAGGUUCCUCCAGGAGACGAAUCGGUGGCCCAAACAACAGAAGCCCCCGCAAGGGGAGGGGGUGUGCAACCUGCACCUGAGGCCGCUGGAGCUCUACUGUGAGAAGGACGAGGAGCCGGUGUGUGUGGACUGCGUGUCCCUGCACAGCUCACACAGGAUCCGCUCCAUCGGGGAGGGGGUCCGCAUCUGUAAGGAGGAACUCGACUUCAAAAUCCAGAUUUUUCAGAAGAAAGUGGAAACAUAUAAAAAAAUGAGUAAAAAAUUCAGCAAUGCAACCGAACACAUCAAGCGUCAGGCCGAGCAGGCGGAGAAGCACAUCAGGGCGGAGUUCGACAGGCUCCGCGAGCUGCUGGACAAAGAGGAGCAACAGCGUCUGCUCGCACUGACUCAGGAGGAAGAGCAGAAGAUCAAGGACUUACAUGAGCUGGCUCAGCGGACAAAGGAGGAUAUCACCGCCGUGAAAGGACUAAUAGACAUGGUGAAGAAAGAGAUGGGCAACGAGGAUCUCCCGUUUCUGAAGAAUUUCCAGGCUCUUAAAAGAAAGGCCGAGUGGACAAAGCAUGACCCAGACCUGGAAAACAAAUGCGUUUUAAACAUGGGCAGCCAUGUUGGUGCUCUGGGCUACAAAAUAUGGAAGAGCAUUCAGGGCCACAUCAGAUUCUAUCCCGUGGUGCUGGAUCCCAACACGGCCUCUCCGUGGCUGUCUCUGAGUGACGACCUCACCAUGGUGAAGGAGAGCGCCGAGCGGAUCACCGUCCCCGACAACCCGGAGCGCUUCGACCCCUGCGUCUUCGUCCUGGGCAGCGAAGGCUACAUCUCCGGCAAACACAAGUGGGAUGUUCUUGUCGGUGACAGUCCCAAGUGGGUUUUGGGUGUUUGCAGUCACAAGGUGACCCGUAAGAAGAAGUUCACGGUCUCAACAAACCGUGAAGUGUGGUCCAUAUCUCUGAGCAAAGGGGUGUACACAGUCAUGACCCCGAAGCGUACGGAACUGCAGCUGCAGCGGCGUCCCGAAAAGAUUCGUAUCAAGCUGAAUAUGGAAAAGGGAGAGGUGUCCUUUUGGGAUGGGGGUACAGGAAAGCAUCUUGUCACUCUCACUCAUGACUUCACUCAGAUGAUAUUUCCUCUUUUUGGUCCUGGGCUUCAUAGUACACCCAUGACUCUAGCUCCAGGAAAGAUGGCCGUGCACACGUCAUGAUGGGUAACUGCAGAGGGAAGAUUACUGAUGAGGUGAUGUAGGGUUUUGAGUACAAAUAUAAGCCUUUUAGAUUAGAAAACUUAAAAAAAAAAAGAUGACUACAG